CUGCCAAUGUCGCAACCCUUCAAUAAUUGGAUGGUCUCUGGGUGCAUUUCAGGCCAUAACUGAACGGAACUGUUGCGACCCAAUACCAAGGUCCGCCAUUGGGCAGGAUGGCAGCAUAAUACAUAACCCGGCUGCCUUGUUCGCCCGCCUGCUUGUGGCCGGUCUUCGCAAUUGACACACGUCGGUCUUCACGUACCGUACCGCGCGUUGUCGCCUGAACUCUGAAAUUCACAAUAAACAAAGACAGGCUGGCCUUCCAAUGCGCCCCAGGAACUGACGCCAGCAAAGCAAUUGCCAUUCCAAUGGCACCCCAAUUCUUACACAACUCCAAAACCAAAAUGCAGGCCUGGGUUCUGAACAAUGGCCAGAACGCCAAGGCGGCACCUGGUGUAAAUCAAGGCUUCGCUCAAGAUGACUCUGGCAGCCCCCAGAAGGGCCACGUCCUCCACCAUCAACCAAAUCCAGCCCAUCCAAUUCCAGCUCCUGCUCCUGCAAACUCGCCACCAAGGACUACUCAACCUCAGUCGCGUAUGCCUAUCAUCAAUGCCAACGCCAACUCGAGAGCUGCAGGGGCAGCUGCUGCUCGCCUACCCCCUGCACUGAGCCGACCCGUCUCUGCGCGUCCUAACCAUCAGCUCAGUCAUAUCAGAGAAGCCUCCUUGCAUGCCCCGCGUAACCGAGGAGCGUCGACAGAGCCGCUGCAGAACAUGCACCGACAGGUCCAAAGUCAGGGCCAGGGUCCUUUCUGGGAAGGCUCUACUAUAGAGGGUUCAACCUUGAGUGAAACUGCUAGUAAUGCUGACCUUAGAUUGCCGACCCAGUCUCGUAUGCCCUAUCUAGAUACUGCCUUCAAGCCAAGAAGCAUGACACGUCAACAAUCCAAGAGAGACUCUGACAGAGAUCGCCCUCCUUUCAUAAUAGGCGAGAAUGGGCUCAUCGAUGUAUUAGGGAGUAACCCGGCUGCGCGAAGGUCCUCGACGCCUGAAUUCAGGUCCAAGUCUACAUCCAAAGGUUUCGGUCAGGAGUCUGACGACUACGUAGAGGAGCCACGUUAUCAACCUGACCUUGAAAAGACGCCGCCGGGUACACUCAAUCACCGUGGAGGGAGACUCCCUCUUAGGACUACUAAACGUGAAACCUUUGCAGAGAGAACCACGUAUCCCAGCGCCACCGAAGAGCCGUCUUCACCCCCUGAGAAGACAUAUCAGACACCUGAUGAUGUGAUGGACUAUGCAGCACGUGAUGGUCGUGGUCAUUUAAGAGUGCCUGGUGUCCGUGACACUCAACGCACAACUGUCUUCGAGAACCUUGACACGCCCAUCACUAGCCGUCAAGACCUACAAGAUCUUCCAGAAACCGAGGUCGACGUCGAAAGCGUUGACGAUCAGCCCACUCCAAAGCCAGCAGUCAAGUCAGCCCAGCCGGUUAACCGCCAAUUGUUCACAGAGGAGACGACUGUCAUCAGACGUGGCAAUAGCCUGCGUGAGAGCUCUAUGCCCCGGCCCGAGCCAGAAAAGCGCCAUUCAAUUGAGAAACGGCAACCAGUCGAAAAACGUCAGUCUAUCGAGAAACGCCCAUCGGUUGAAAAACGCCAGCCACCUGAACAGCGCCCAUCAUAUUCGAACCUCAAGAAGCGAUCAUUCGACCUUGACUACGACGACAGUGCACUUGCCGCCAUGAACUACGCCGAACUGAAAGACCAAGACUUUGACUUUGACCCUGCUCAGGCAGAAUCCAAUUCUCUCCAGCGCCCGCUCCAAGGUACUCUGCCCGAGAAGUUGCACCAUUUUCUUCACAAAGAUGCAGGAGCUCAAACAAGCUUCUUCACAAAUAUGCCAGUUAGAGACUGGGAUGACUCUGGUGACUGGUUCCUGGAGCAGUUUGGAGAUAUCAUGAAUAGACUCAAAGAUGCUCGCAAGGAUAAAAGAAAGCGUGUGGACGAUUUUGAGAGAGAGAUUGCCGAACGAGAGGAUGCUGUCGAGAAAAAGAUGCGCGGAAUCGACCAAACCCUGGACGAUUUUAGGAAGGAGGGCCAGGUCAUGAUGAAGAAUAAGGAGCUGGAGUGAAAUCAAGGUGUACUUUUAGUUGUGCAUAUCCGCCCACGGUUUGGCAUUGUGAUAGUAGUUGACAGAAAAAGCAUAAUGCUUUUUCUUUUCUUUUUUUCCUUGGUUGGCACAUCGAGGACAUCAGAAAAUGAACGACUUACGACCAAUUAUGAAAAUCACGACAUGGACGAUCGCAUCAACUGGAGUUUGGUAUUGGCUCCAUAGCAUCAUUUUGCU